AUGUCAGAAAAUCUAACUACCACCAUUGCCACAAAGCAAGGCCACAUAAAUUACGAGUCCCUGUUUGCCGUUGUUGUCAGCACAGCUGUGUGGAGGUUCGGGUACACCAUAAUUAGUCUUGUACUGCCGAGGAAGAGCCCCGAGUACUGCUGCAGGAUCAUAACGUUCAUACAUGGAUUGCUCGUCGCCUUCAUCGGUAUCAACCAGUGUUUCCUGAUCGAUUCGCCCUUCGACCACCCAGAAUGGCGAACGUCGUACAUGCAGUCGUUCGUUUUGGUGGCCAGUCUGGGAUAUUUCAUCCACGACUUGGAAUGGUGCUUCAGAUAUCAGAGAGAAGAUAAACUGAUGAUAGCUCAUCACAUUUACAGUGUUUUUGCCCUGUUCAGGAUGCUAUUCAAGGGGUACAGCGGAGCGCAAGCAACUUGUGCUUUGGGGAGUAUGGAAAUAACGAAUCCGUUCCUCCAGAUGCGCUGGUUCAUCAGAAGUGAAGGGAUGUAUCCUUCGGCGUUGUUUACAUCAGUCGAAAUCACGUUCAUAAUAGUGUUCGUCGCGAUUAGGAUACUUCUUGGGACGUAUUACAUGUAUAUUAUUUUCAAGCAGCCGAAAAACGACUGGGACUUUGUGGCACUUUCCUUCACUAUAUACGUCGUGUCUUGGAUGUUUAUGUUCAAUAUAGUUAAAUAUUUGUUUACUAAGUAUUUCGGAUUAAAAAGAAAAAAUCCGGAUGUACGCAAACAACCCUCAUAG